AUGCCGGGUCUCUCCAACUUUUAUUUCUUCAUUUCGCGAUCAACUUUUCAUCUCUAUAUUAACAAUCUGUGGGAUUAUCCUGAAUUCGACACAGUUUCUCACCUCAACACUCUCCUUUACAGGCUCCUUAUUCUUUCAGAUACCGAUGCUUCGGAUUAUACCCCUUCAUCACAGUAUGCUGAUGCUGAAGAAUCUAACCUAGACGAACCACAAGACGACUCCUUAAAAGAUACAAAUGCUCCACUAAAGCUUGUUAUCGCUUGUUACCAACCUGUCAAGGCCAGAACGACCGGGGAAUCAAAUCUUGAAAACCUGAAAACUUCCCAGAGACAGGGGGUUUAUUCUGUCAGCUAUUGUGCCAAAUCGAGCACAGUCGACAAUAACCACUCCUUACAUCUACUCUGA